GGGAAGAGAUAAGUAGACGAUAAAUAGAGAACACACGCCUUUGAGAUGUGAUACCAUUGGAAAAUUCUAAAAAUUAAUGGCCAGAUAACCAGUCACGUAGCUCAGAAUAUUUCGUUCUUCGGUGGAUAUGAGCACUCUCAAUGUGUAGACUAGCCUGAUUGCCUUCAAACCAGAUGACUGAAAACCACUGAAUCGGCGGAGAAAAACAAAUGCUAAUCCUCCAUCACUUUUUAACAUAAUAAAUGAUAAAAAUAGCACUUAAGGUGAGCGAACUUCAGCACGUUACAGUAGAUUUCUUUCAAAUAAAAGCAUAGGGUAGAGUAAUAGUUCUCAAGGUACCACGUGGUACCUAGACAGGGAAAAGCGAAAGGUGCUACUUCACAAAGUUACGGCUACAAAACCUGAGGGAUCGGAGUACCCUGCAAAGGAAACAGAAAUGAGUAUUGAGGGAACACGGCCAUUUCGACAGAUCCCAGAACUGAUACUUAGAAUAAUACGUGAAACACCAAAUACAGCUUGAGGCUAAAAAUGGAGAAUGGAGGUUAGCAAAGACUUAUUGGCAAUAUUCCGCGGGGGUGGGAGACUCCACGACGCUCCUAAAUGUUGCAGAUACCCAACGGGCAUGAUUCGCUGUUUCAAAUUAUGCCAUGUGUUGAACAUAGACAAUUGCAGCCGUAAACGAAAAUACUUUCUUUUAGCGGUGUAAAUGAGACAUCAUCCACGCAUGUUUUUUUAUCCUUCAAAACAAUUUCUCGAAAUGAAGCGUCUGAAAAAACUUGAUGUUGCAGUAGUGUCGAUGGUCAUGUACCCAGCAUUCUAAAAUGAAAAAGCUGCAAUUCCAAACGGUUCGGUACACACACAUUUUUCUCACGAGUUGCACAUUUUCGACACUUCUCUUGUGACGAGAGCAAAGUUUAUAGAUGAUAUCCAACUUCCGGUCUCCCAGAGAACUUAUUUCUAGACUCCUUUAAAUGAAUAAAAACUCUACUUCUGUAGGCGGGGUGGUGCCCAAACACCUCCAACCCAUUCUGCCCCCGUCUAUGCUCGUGUGGGUAUAACCAAGGCACUUGGUGUUAGUCACUCAUAAAAUUCUGCUUGUAAUGAAAAUUCAAAACCACGAAAUGUCGACAGAGUUAAGUGUGUAUUGUCUAUGUAAGGGCAAGAUGGAAUUUCUGUAUUUAAAGCUGUUUAUAGAGCUGCAUUCACCUCCAUUGCGGUAAAAAUGCUGUAAUAUUUUGGCAAUAAAUAUACGUAUUGAGAAGAAAUAAGUUUGCCAUUAUCUGAAGCAUGGGUUUGGUCUCGUACACAGCAUGUAGACUAAGAGCAGUCUUCCAAAAUGUGAAGUUUCUGUAGCUGCUGCAUAAUGUAGACAGGGUAAAGGAGAACUCGUGUUUAAUAAAUUCGCUACCAUCAAUGGCUAGACGCAGCCAAGUAAUUGAAGUCCCGUUAACACAAGAUCCCGCCUAAAUGUUACGAACAUACAUAUGUUCACAUUUUGCAACUUACGUAAGCGGAACGAAACAUUUUGCUUAUCUAUUAAUUCGAUACCAGUUCUUUCUACGAAGUAAACAAAUCAUAUGUUGGCAUUAUACAGUUGUGCAUUUUAAUGAAUACCAUCAGAAGGCAAACAGGUCAACCACAUAAAAGAAUGGAAGCGGUCUGAAAACAGUCGUCGGGUAAAAAGUGAAGUAUUCACUGCAGAUUUAGUCACUGUUAAAACGUUCGUGCUGCAAUCCACCUGAACAAGCAUCGAUGCAGUAUUUAUCGCGAAGUCACGGAAUCUUUCCAUAUUUCAAAAAAUUAACGUGUUGGGUUUGUAUGUGGCUUCAGCGAGUGAAGAGCGUGUUGAAUGAAAACAUGCCUAAGGUUACACUAUAUGAAGCAUUAAGUUGUUAUACGUAACUUACGUAAAUGACAAGUAGAUGCAUAAUUCCAUAACAAACAUUCGACGUGAAAGUCGUCGUACAGAAUCAUAAAGUAUAUCACAUUAACGCAGGAUAUUUAAAACAACUGCCAUUUGCUUGUCAAAUGCUAUUUCCGUUAUAACAGUUCUUAGUCCGUGGAUGAGAUUUUUAAUCGCAGUGUCAGGCUGAGAACUAAAAAAUGAAAUAUUAAGAGCAGACGAAUAAAAGUAUUUUGUUUGAAACCGUGAAAUUAAUUUCGAAAGCUUCAUUAAUGCUGUCUCUUACUACCUAUCUCCUGUUGUAUUCACCUUUGAAAACAUAUUUUCCCAACACUAAAUAAAAUUCUGGUGGCUGUAAAAAUGUUGUAUACUUAAAACUGCGAUGGCCGGCUGUUAAAAAGUACGCAGUGCUCGUAGUCCACAGGGCAGAGUGCCUGCCGCGCCAGUUUGUUCAGCCCUGAUCUCACAUACCAGCUGGUUUGCCCAAGGCCGUUGCAGCGUGGGUCGCCGCCAUUAAGUAACACUGCGAAUUGCGUGGCUGUAAUUUGACUAAAUUAGGAGGCAGUUUACACCUUUCACUGUACCCUAAUGACGUCAUGCAUUGUCGGCGAGUACAGACAGUGGACAAUGCUUGUAACAUAUUGUAAAUAGGAAAUACAUUGAAAAUACUACACAGAUCCUGCAAAGUUGAUUUUUCUUUAAAAAUUAUUAAAAUAGGUUAUGAAAUUUAAAUCACACACGCAAUUGCGUUCCUCUUAGAAUAUCGUGGGCAUCGUGAAAUUUUUCCAUUCUUGCGUAAUGUUGUCUGAAUAAACUGAUAAAAACUUAGUGAGCAUGCGCCACAGCAAAUUUUAUCUAUGGGUUUGUGUGGCAAACAGGAUAAUUACUGCUCACUGACAUAUGACUGCUGCAAACAGGCUGCUGAGGUCGAUUGAUCUCAGUACUUCUAACUCUACUCUUAGCGCUUUAACAGAAAAAGUCCAGAACUCUAUCGCAAACGAAAACAAAUUCCGCCUUGCGACUUACGCAUUACUUUCAUGUAAAAUUGUGCGCAGCAUGGAAGUUAUAGGUCGUUGCUAGUAGUUAAUCCGUACAUCUCUGAUUUAUUGUGUUAGAUUCAAAUGUUCGCUAGGACGCAAGAAUAAUCUUUGACAACAAUCUCAUUUAGAUAUUCAUUUUUCACCGUAAAAUAUUCUUGUCGACAUACUACGAUAAAUGUUGAUGCGUAUGAGUGAGAGUGGCCACGAAAAGCAGUUGUAUGCCUGUGACAGAGCGAGUAUAUUUGAAAUCUCGAUGGAAAAACAUCGAUUGGAGAUUUUCCUAAUUGCAAUUGGAGACUAAGACUCAAAGACUGAAGUGAACGGCUACACGUAUGAAAGAAAGAUACACAAGUUACAAAAUUCCAUGGCGUUUUAUCAGUUAGGAUAUAGACUGAGAGGACACAGCGAUGUUCAGCUUAAACAAAAUGAGUUUGAUUUUAAUAAUAUUUUAAACCAAAUGUAAAAAUAUCAAGUUUAUCAAUGUCUGAAAUAAUUCUCCUUACACUUCCUGCAUAAUCACUUUCUUGAAACACCACAGCCUAGAUUUUUGUACAGAGACCAGAAGAAUAAAGUUCAGAGACAUUAUCCAGAAGAAAAUCUGGGAGUUUCCACAUAGCCCUAGAGCCAGUUCGUGGCCUAGACUCAAGGUGUAUGAUUUCAUCUAAGCGGCAGGAACCUAUAAGUUACAGGACAUCAAAAUUUUCCAGUAAUCGGCACAGGAAGCUGCAGCCAUUCAGAGAAACGUGACUGCCCCUCUCUCUCGCUCUCUCCCUCCUUUCGUGCCGACGCGCUAGAACACGCCUUGAGGCGGUAACCCCACCCUGCACUAUCCCCGACACCUAAAACUGCCAGCAUUUCGUCCCAUCUGACCCCCUGCUCGCGACUGUGUACCCAGCAAGAUGGGAAGUGUCAACGUAAACAGGAACGUGAGCGAUGCGUUCUAUCGCUACAAGAUGCCCCGGAUUAUGGCAAAAGUCGAAGGCAAGGGCAACGGCAUCAAGACAGUCAUAGUAAAUAUGGCAGAAGUUGCAAAAGCCAUUGGACGUCCUGCAACAUAUCCAACAAAGUACUUUGGCUGUGAGUUGGGUGCCCAGACACAGUUCGAUUUCAAAAAUGACCGUUUCAUUGUGAACGGGUCACACGAUGCAGCAAAACUGCAAGACUUGUUGGAUGGCUUUAUCCGCAAGUUUGUGCUGUGUCCCAGUUGUGAGAACCCUGAAACAAUCCUGUCAGUAAGCCAGAAGAAGGGCCUGAUAAGUCAGUCGUGCAAGGCCUGCGGUUUCCAUGGGCCCUUGGAGUUCAACCACAAGCUGAACACGUUCAUUCUGAAGAAUCCUCCAAACCUGAACCCUGCUGCGCAAGGCUCAUCACUUACAGAAGGCAAACGAGGAAAACGUGGUAAGAAGGGUGCCACAAAUGGUGAGACGAAUGGUGAGAACCGUUUGUCUGAUGAUGGUGGAGACCUGCCUCUAGAAGCACCAGAAAAGCAUGCCCAAGAAAACGAAGAGGAAGAAGACAACGAGCACUGGGCAGUGGACGUUUCAGAAGAGGCAGUGAGGGCACGUAUGCAAGACCUUACAGAUGGUGCCAAAGGACUCACCGUGAGUGAUGACUUGGAGAAGACGGAGAAGCAGCGGAUGGACUUGCUGUACGAGAUGGUGAAACGCAAGCGUGAUGCCGGGACACUGGAUGGAGCGGACAAGGAAAUUGUCGUAGAGGCUGACAGGUUGGAGAUUCGGUCCAAGGCACCACUGGUCUUGGCGGAGCUUCUGUUCAACCAGAACAUGCCACAGCAGAUUAAAAAACACCGCGUGCUUUUUCUUCGUUUUACCCAUGAUGAUCACAAGGCCCAGAAGUACCUCCUUGGCGGCAUUGAACAAGUCAUAGGAUUACACAAAGAUGCCCUCUUACCGAAAGUGUCUGGCAUACUAAAGCUAUUCUACGAUGCUGAUAUCUUGGAAGAAAAGGUUCUGUUGGAGUGGGCAGGCAAGGAAAGCAAGAAAUACGUGAGCAAAGAACUGAGCCACGAGAUCCAUGAGCGUGCAGAACCAUUCAUCCGUUGGUUGCGCGAGGCAGAAGAGGAGGAGAGUGAGAGCGAUGAGGAGGAGGAAGAUGACUUGGAGAUUGAAUACGAUGACCGUGCAAAGGCAUCACCCCUGAAGGAGCAGCCGAAACCAGUGCAGAAGCCUGUAGCUGCAGCACAAGAAUCAGAGGAGGAAGGAGACGACCUUGAUAUUGAUGCAAUAUAAUUCGAUAACAUUUGGAAUCCUCGUUACUGUACGGUUGCAUAGCAAAUUACGAAAAAUAUUUAAAGUGAAUAUAAAUAUACAUAGCUUUAACUGGUAAAACUUUUAUUAACACACAAUUCUUUUUCUUGUUGCUUAUUGUGCAUUUAUACACUUCAGCUCGUUAGUUGGUGAUUCCUUUUUAUUGUAAUUCAUAAGAAUAGGUUAAUUUGUCAAUAAAGAUUAUUGCAUCUUAAACCUGUGUGGCAUUUGUAUAGUGUGAAAUAGUAAUGUAUUGUACUCCUUAUUAAAUAGUACAAAUUUCCUGAUUGGAAUCAUUGAAAAGUACCACUGGAAGCUGUCCUCAGUCUUGACAGACAGAUUUAAUAUACUUGUUUUAAAGGACAUAGUAUUUAUGGUUAACUGGCUGUAACUUUUGUGGAAAUGUACUUAAAAACUUAUUGAAACAAUGUAGAAGAUUCCUUUUGGAGAAGUGUGUGUUUUCUGUUAAAGGUUCUGUACAUGAAGAAUCUGAAAUAUUUGAGGAAGAGCUCUAAGCAAAAUAAAUGUUCUGCCUGUUA